AUGUCAAUGAAUGAUGAAGAAUAUCAGUUAUUAUCUAGACAACGAAAACAUAAUACAUCGCCAUUAGUGGAAAUUCCUGAAUUAUCAGAAAUCCUACGACAACGAAACAAACAUCGAUCACUAACAAGAAAACGAACUAAUUCAUCAAAACUAAAUAAAGAUGACAUUAAAUAUCAACGUUUUGUUCAUGGUCUUCAAAAAGAGAUACAAGUCUAUAUAAAUCAAUCAUUACGUGAAAGUCGUUUUGAUACACGAGCUAAUCGAUGUUUAGAAUCAAAUCCAUCAUUUCCAAGUAUACCAGCUACAUUAAAAUCAAAACGUUCAGGUUCAACAAUCGGUUCUCAACGAACAAAUGAAACUGAAACUAUAAUCACUUCUAUUAGCAAUCGACAUGAUCCAAUGUCAAUACUAAAACAUAACGAAACAAAACGUCUUGAAGCUGAUGUUCAAACAAUUCUUACUGGGCCAGCAAUGAAAAACUUCUAUAUCCAAUUUAUUCGACCUCCACGACAACACCAUCAACUAAAUUCAUACGAAACAACAAUUUUAUAUGCAUCUGAACAGUAA